AUGGGUUGCUUUCGGACCAAGACUGUGAAGAAGGCGGCGCGGGUCAUCAUCGAAAAGUACUAUACCCACCUGGGCAACGACUUCCACACCAACAAGCACGUGUGCAAGGAGAUCCCCAUCAUCCCCAGCAAGCUCUGCAACAAGAUCCCCAGAUAUGUUACUCAUCUGAUGAAGCACAUCCGGAGAGGCCCUGGGAGAGGUAUCUCCAUCAAGUUGCAGGAAGAAGAAAGAGAAAGUAGGGAUAACUAUGUCUCUGAGGUCUCUGCUUUGGAUCAGGAGAUCACUGAAGUGAACCCAGAUGCCAAAGAAAUGUUGAAACACCUGGACUUUGGCAGUUUGUCCAACCUGCAAGUUACCCAGCCCUCGACUGGGAUGAAUUUCAAAACACCAAGAGGAGCUGUUUAA